AUGAAGUUCCAUCUGAUAGCAUUGUUGGGCUUACUCGGCUCCGUGCUGGCCGAUCCCUCAGCCCUGCCCUCACCGACACUGGCCCCACCGCUGCCGCCCUGUGUGCAUGCUGCCACCUCCGGCUAUGCCUAUCCACCGCCGGCCGAGGUGAAGUUCUCCAUAUCGCCGGGCGUGACCAAGUACAGCCAGUCGCCGGCGAUUUCCACGUACUCCGAGAACGGAAGGCUUCUGCACACAUCGAUCGGCAGUUCGGGCUCGUCCUACGAGUCCAGCGCGGGACUUGUGGGCCUGUCGCAUGGCGGCCUCACCCAAAUCGACAAGUACAUAGCACCAGUGCAGAAAACUUUGUUCUCGCCAUCGGGAGAGUACGGAGGAGCAGGAAUCACCUAUGCGGAAAAGUCACCGGCGGCCAAGUAUGCGACUGUGGUGCCAUCGGGCAUCGAGAUUAAGAAUCUGGUGUCUCCGGCGCUGACCAAGACACUGCUGACGGCCCCGAGGCUGGAUCAUGGCUACCUGCCGCCAUCUCCCGGUCUGAGCAAGGUGGCCACGUACACCUCUCCCGGAUACAGCUACAGCUCGGGGACGCCAGGCAUCUCAAAAGUGGCCACCUACUCGUCCCCGGUAUGCAAAGGCCAGUCCGGGCUACUCCAAACUGGAGACCUUCAGCUCACCCGGCUACAGCUACGGCCAGCUCUCGCCCGGCCUCUCAAGAUUGCAACCUACUCGCCCUCCGUCUCCUACGCAGCCCCGGCAGUAGCCAAGGUCUCUGCCUACGUCGCUCCGGCUGUUAAGCUGGCCACCACCUCAUCCCUGCUGUCAUCGCAUGGCACGGGCUACUCCGCCAGCUAUGCGCCAGCCCUCACCAAGUACAGCCAGGCGGCGGAUGUUUCCCACCAGUUCAUCUCCAAGCCCAUAAUUGCCGCCUAUCCGGCGGCUGCUCCAGCCAUUGCCACUUAUUCCCCUGCUCCGACAGUCACCAAGAUCGUCGGCAGCUAUGGCGGAUCCGCAUCCGGUGGUGCUGUUUCGCAUCAGUACGUGUCGAAGCCAGCAGUGGCCACCUACUCCUCAGCUCCUGCCAUCGCCAAGGUUGCCACGUACGCUGCUCCAGCCUUAUCCACGUACUCCUCAGGCCCCGCCAUCACCAAGCUAUCUUCGACCAGCUACGGAGGCAGUGGUUCGGGAGCCGUUUCCCACCAAUAUGUGUCCAAGCCGGCAGUGGCUACCUACUCCUCGGGUCCUGCCUAUGCUGCUCCUGCCGUUUCCAAGGUGGCCUACGCUGCUCCGGUUGUUUCAAGCUAUUCCUCCGGUCCGGUCGUGACCAAAGUGUCGACUGGCUAUGGCAGUCACGGGGCAAGCUAUGGAGCAAGCGGCUCGGGAGCAAUUUCCCAUCAGUAUGUCUCCAAGCCGGCAGUGGCCACAUACUCUUCGGGUCCUGCCAUAGCCAAGGUAGCAACCUACGCUGCUCCUGCCAUCUCAAAGGUGGCCACAUAUGCGGCUCCUUCUAUUGCCACCUAUUCCUCAGGCCCCGCCCUCUCCAAAGUGGCAACCUACAGCCAAGCGGCAGAUGUUUCCCACCAGUACAUCUCGAAACCCAUUGUGGCUGCCUAUCCGGCAGCAGCCCCAGCCGUUGCCACCUAUUCCUCAGCACCUGUGGUAACCAAAGUGUCCACUGGCUAUGGCGGAGGAGGAAGCUAUGGGAGCUACGCUGGCAGCCAUUCAGGUGGAGCCGUCUCCCAUCAGUAUGUGUCCAAGCCCGCAGUGGCUACCUAUUCAUCUGGUCCUGCUAUUGCCAAGGUAGCAUCCUACGCUGGUCCCACCAUUUCCACAUACUCCUCGGCUCCCACCCUCACCAAGAUUGCCACCAGCUACGGCAGCAGCGGACACGGCGCCAGCUAUGCUCCGGCACUUUCCAAGACCUAUCUGCCAGCUGCUCCCGUUGCAACGGUUUCCAGUUAUUCCUCAGGUCACGGCGGAAGCUACGGAGGAAGCGGCUCGGGAGCUGUCUCUCAUCAGUACGUAUCGAAGCCAGCGAUUGCCACAAUCUCAGCUGCUCCGGCAAUUGCCAAGGUGGCCUAUGCUGCUCCGGCUGCUGCCAGCUACGCUACGGCUCCUGUGGUCACCAAAGUGUCCACUGGCUAUGGUGGAGGAGGAAGCUAUGGCAGCUAUGAAGGAAGCCACUCAGGUGGCGCCGUAUCCCAUCAGUACGUAUCGAAACCCGCAGUAGCCACAUACUCCACUGGUCCAGCCAUCGCCAAGGUAGCAUCCUACGCAGCUCCCAGCCUCACCAAGAUUUCGACCAGCUACGGCAGCAGCGGCCACGGAGCCAGCUAUGCUCCGGCCUUGUCCAAGACCUAUCUGCCAGCUGCGCCUGCCCUCUCUGUGCCAGCACUGUCCAAGACCUAUCUGCCAGCUGCUCCGGUUGCAGCGGUUUCCAGCUAUUCCUCAGGUCACGGCGGAAGCUAUUCAGGAAGCGGCUCAGGAGCUGUAUCCCAUCAGUACGUGUCCAAGCCUGCGCUUGUUGCUGGUCCUGCCAUUGCAAAGGUGGCCAGCUAUGCCGCGCCAGCUGUGAGCCACAUCUCCACGGGUCCAGCACUGGUCAAGGUUGGCUCUCCCCAUGGGCUGGGCUUGGGUAUUGGCUACUCUGCCAGCGGACAUGGCGCUGUGUCCACCCAAUACGUAUCCAAGCCAGCUGGAGCUGCUCUUCUGGGUGCUCCCUUGUCCUCUGGUCCGGCCUACGCUCUGGGAGGAAAGCUGGCCAGCAGCACAGCUUACGGCCUGAGUGCGGGCAAACUAGGACUCGGCUCGGGUCAUGAUGGUAGCUAUUAUGGAGCCAUCUCUUUGGGUCACGCAGGCGUCUCCCCGGCCCUCAACUAUCAGGGUCUUCUCACGCAUGGCGGUAGUCUGUCCCAUGGUGGUCUCGCUCAUGGGGGUCUGUCCCAUGGCGGUCUUUCCCUAGGUGGCUUGGCUCACGGCGGUCUGUCGUACGCUCCAAUCACAUCCUCCCAUUUGGACUCAUCGUUAAGUGGCUAUGACCAUGGUGUGGGUGGAAUUGGACCUUUGGGUGCCGGUUUCUAUCGCUAUGCUCCGAGUGUGCCCACGUUGAGUGCACAUGCCCCACUGCCGGCCACCGCCUAUCUGAAGUCGGCGCCCGUGGCCCAGCCAGCCCUGCUCAAGGUGGUGCCGGAGAAGCAUCUGGAACACUUUGAUGCACAUCCUCGUUAUGCCUUUGAGUAUGCCGUAAACGAUCCACAUACGGGCGACAAUAAGCAUCAGCGCGAGGAGCGUGAUGGGGACGUAGUCAAGGGCGAGUAUUCCUUGGUGGAACCCGAUGGCAAUGUGCGCACAGUCAAGUACUAUGCCGACUGGGAGACGGGCUUCCAUGCCGAGGUCAUCAACAGUCGCGAUCAGGGCAAAAUUGUGGCCAAGCGUCAGACGGCAGCCAAGUCGUGAGGUGAGCCCACAGCUCUACCCCAGUCACAAUAUUGUUUUGUUCGUUCAGCAACUGUAAAUAGCCUCAAAUUCAAUCUUCUUCUCAUUAAACAUUAAACGUAUUUAUGUAAAACUCCACAACGAUAACGAUAAACCACAACCACGAUGUCACACGGCCACCGCCAUUUCUUGCCAUUCUUGCCAUUCUCUCUAUAUAUCCAUUUCCUGUCUAAUUACUGACACCUGAUCCUGAUCCCUGUGCUCAUGUGAUAGGCGUUUGGUAUUAUAUUGAACUGCUUGCGCUGCUCUCUCAACCCCGAAUGCGCGUUUCUUAUGCCUAACUAUUUGUACAUACCUAAACGGAUUGAUUGUAUAUUGAUACAGAUAUAUAUAUUGUAAAUGUUGACUUCAAAUAAACAAGAUUUAAGAACGCCACA